AUGCUAUCAACAACACAAUCAGUCACAGAACCCACUGAGGUAACACUGAAAAAAGUUGAAGACAUUGAAAAAGAAAAUGACGAAGAAACUCCCUAUUCAAUAUUCACUUCCUACGAUAGAUUAGUAUUGAUAGUAAUUCUUUCAUUAAUUGGAUUUUGGAGUACGAUAUCAAGUCCAAUUUAUUUCCCAGCAUUACCUACAUUAACAUCAUAUUUCCACACAAGUUCAUCAAUCAUGAAUAUAUCAGUUGUGGCAUAUUUGAUUUUCCAAGGCAUCGCUCCGACAAUCUCAUCUAAUUUAGCAGACACAUUUGGCAGAAGACCAGUGAUACUAGCGAGUAUAAUAGUAUUCUGUGCCUCUUGUGUCGCCAUUUCACAAACAAAUGUUUAUUGGCUACUAGCGGUAUUACGAUGCAUUCAAGCUGCAGGGAUAGCAGCAGUCAUUUCUAUAAGUUCAGGUGUAGCAGGUGAUGUGUGUACUAGAGCCAAUCGUGGAAGUAUGGUUGGAGCAGUUGCUGGUUUACAAUUAGUUGGCAAUGGAAUUGGUGGAUUGGUGGGUGCAGCUUUGAUCAGUUCAUUCAAUAGUUGGAGAUCAAUAUUUAUAUUUUUAACUAUUGGAGGUGGUGUCACAUUUAUAUUGGCGAUUUUUAUAUUACCAGAAACAUCAAGGAAAUUAGUUGGAAAUGGAUCAGUUGUACCUAAAAACAUUUUAAACAAAUCACCAUAUAUUUACCUUCCACAUUUCAAGAAAAGAAUGAAUAAUGACAUAACUACAAUAGUACCGGCAACUAGGUUUGAUUUAUUAGGUCCUUUGAAAAUUUUUUUCCAAAAAAAUGUCUUUUGCACACUAUUACCUGUGGGAAUACAUUUUGCAGCAUGGACGAUGGUUUUGACUUCAUUGUCUACUGAGUUAGAGUCUAGGUAUCAUUACAGUGUCAUGCAUGUAGGCUUGAUUUAUCUCCCUCAAGGGAUUGCUUGUAUUGCUGGUUCUUUGGUAGUAGGGAAAUCUUUGGAUUGGUAUUACCGAUACAGAAAGACAAUAUAUGACCAAGAAGUUGAAUGUUUACCAUUGGACGAAAGACCACAAUUUAAUAUCGUGGCUACUCGAUUAACCCUAAGUGUUGUUCCUGCCUUGUUAAUGAUCAUUGGAUUGGUGAUAUUUGGUUGGUGCAUUCAAUAUAAACGACAUAUAAUAUCCAUUAUAAUUUCUACUAUUUUAGUAUCCUUUUCUGCAUCAGUCUUUAUAGCUAUUUGCACAACCAUGUUGGUUGAUUUAUAUCCUAAUAAUGGAAGCGGAUCUACUAGUUGUCUUAAUUUGAUGAGAUGUUGGUUAGCAGCUUUGGGAGCCGGGGUUUUAGAUAGUAUGAUCAAUGCAAUGAAUGUUGGAGGAACAUACACUGUCGUUGCUGGGUUUUGCAUUUUAUUUGAUCUAGCAUUGAUUUACGUUUUACAUAAUGCCAAAAAGAAGUUUAGUAAUAGUGGGCCAACCACCACGAAAUCCCCACCCAAACAAUAG